AUGGGCUGGCCGUUCCCCUUCUGUCCGGGCGGGCCGCCCGUUCCCCGGCCCUGGGGGCCUGGGCGGUUCGCCUCGCCGGCUCCCGGCGCGCCGGCUGUGCGCUGCUGGGCGCUCUGCUCGAGCCCGGCGGCACUGCCGGGCCGGCGGGUGGCGGGGACGCCGCGGCGCUGCCGCCUCCUUCGGCGGCUUCCCCGGCCAGAGUCCGCGCUCGCCAGCCCCGGCGGCCUGGCAGCGAGCCGGCCGCUGCCGCUGCGGUGGGGAAGCCGGGCCCGGGCCGCUCGAGGGGCGUCGGGUCGGCCGUGCCGAGGCCCGGGCUUCCGGAAACGCGUGACGGCCACGUCUCGCCCGGCACGGAACGGGCCAAAGGAGCCGUCUGCACGAGCUGCUACCGGUGCUUCGCUGCUCUGUGGCGAGCGGCCGGCUUCGGCCGCGUCUCGCGGGGACCUGGCUGAAGCGGACAGGAGCCCCGACAGGCACGGCAUCAGCCCCACUGACGACCCCGUGGUCCCCCCGCAGCCCGACGGCACCCGGGCCCCCCUGGAGAUCGUGCUGCUGGACAAGGUGUGCAAUGGCUUCCCUGGUGUCAUCCAGCUGCUGGAGUGGUUCGAGCUCCCCAACGGUUUCCUGUUGGUGAUGGAGCGUCCGGAGCCGUCUCAGGACCUCUCUGGCUUACUGACGGCGUGGGGGUUCCUGCCGGAGGAGAUGGCGUGGGGGCUGUUCCGCCAGGUGCUGAAGGCCGUGCGGCACUGCACCAGCUGCGGCGUCCUGCACCGGGACAUCAAGCCCCAGAACAUCCUCCUCCACCUGGCCACCGGCGAGGCCAAGCUCCUUGACUUUGGAUGUGGCACCUUCCUCCAGGACACGGCCUACACCCAGUUUGCAGGAACACUGUCCUACAGCCCGCCAGAGUGGAUCUACCUCAAACGCUACCACGGCGAGGAGGCGACCAUCUGGUCCCUGGGCAUCCUGCUCUACCAGAUGGUCUGCGGGAAGCACCCUUUCUGCAAAGGCACCAACACCAUCUGGGACCAGCUCCCGUUCCCAGCACGGGUCUCUCCAGGCUGCCAGGACCUUAUCAGGUGGUGUUUGUCCAUCCGCCCCUCGGACAGGCCAGCAUUGGAAGACCUUUUGUGCCAUCCUUGGGUGCAGGGCAUUCCCCUGCCCUAGAAGACGGGAGAGAUCCACGUGCUCACUUUGAUCCAGGGCCCUGGCAAGUAACAC